GUUUCUCAGUAACCUACACACGGACGGACAACCACAUGAUGUGUGAUGUUCAUAAAGCGUAGGUCUAAAUUUGGAGCAAAAUGAGCUUUUUACAUCUGUGGGUUUGAGUCAUGUGAUCGGUUUAUAUGACACGAAAGGGGGAGAGACAGUCAUCAUUUUCAUCAUUGCAUUUCGAAGAGAAGACGGAAUCAAUAAAAGGCUCUUCUGUUUUAUGAGUUUAGGCCUAUUUGUUUGUUUUGUUUUGUUUUUGUGACCGCUGCCUUCCUUGAGGACCACCGUGCUUUUUAAGUCUUACAUAAUAUUAAUUACUUUUAGUUUUAAAAUCUCUAAAACGCAGUUGUGAUAGAAUCUAAAUGAUUACAAAAUGUAAAGCACAAACUUUAUGACUCUUGGUCGGUAUAAGUCUGAGGCGGUAUCCAGUAAAGAGCGCAAGUUUGCGGACUUCGACUGUGCUGUGCAGCAGUAAUACUGAAAGGUGUGCUGAAGAAAAAUAACAUCUAACAGACUCAAAAAGGCUGAAUGAGGACGGACACUAUAGGAGCAUAAACGACUCGUCGCGCCAUCACUUCAGCAUGAAACACAUGGACUACAUGUAUAAUACUGAAAAUAACAUUACUUCGAACAGCAGUGCAACUCCCGGUGACAUGAAUGCAACAGGGAUCGCCCAAAUCAUGAUCCCUCAGGAAUUGUUUCUAAUGCUCGGCUUGAUCAGUUUGGUGGAAAACAUUUUGGUGGUGGUGGCCAUAAUCAAGAACAGGAAUCUCCACUCGCCCAUGUAUUAUUUCAUAUGCUGUCUGGCGGUGUCUGACAUGCUGGUGAGCGUAAGUAAUGUGGUGGAGACGCUCUUCAUGUUAUUGACGGAGCACGGGCUGCUGCUCGUCACUGCAAAGAUGUUACAGCACUUAGAUAAUGUGAUCGACAUUAUGAUCUGCAGUUCUGUCGUGUCCUCGUUGUCGUUCCUGUGCACUAUUGCCGCGGACCGCUAUAUCACCAUCUUUUACGCACUCCGGUACCACAGCAUCAUGACCACGCAACGCGCCGUUACCAUCAUCGCGGUGGUGUGGCUCACCAGCAUCACCUCUAGCUCUUUAUUUAUCGUUUAUCACACUGACAACGCGGUCAUCGCCUGUCUCGUCACGUUUUUCGGCGUGACAUUGGUGUUCACGGCGGUUUUGUACCUGCACAUGUUCAUCCUGGCGCACGUCCACUCCAGACGCAUCAUGGCCCUCCAUAAGAGCCGCCGGCAAGCCACUAGCAUGAAGGGAGCCAUCACUCUGACCAUUCUACUCGGUGUUUUUAUCAUCUGCUGGGGGCCGUUUUUUCUCCACCUCAUCCUUAUCCUCACUUGUCCCACAAACCCUUACUGCAAGUGUUAUUUCAGCCAUUUCAACCUGUUUCUGAUUCUUAUAAUAUGCAACUCGCUUAUAGAUCCUCUCAUUUACGCGUAUCGCAGUCAGGAGCUGCGCAAGACCCUCAAAGAAAUAAUUUUUUGUUCAUGGUGCUUUGCAAUGUGAUAUAUAGCCUAUUCUUUCUAGAGUUUUUUUUUUUUGUUGUUGUUUCUUGGGAAACGCGUGGAGGAUAACCUGCGCUGACGUUAACAUUUCCACUUUUCAGCCUUCUUUUCUCCCUCUCUACAGCGAAGACUGGAUACUGAGGGACACAAAACUUUUUGAUUUUUUAUAAAAUAACCAUUUGACCAACUCUAUUUUUGAUUUACUAAAACAAUGCUUAAUUGGAUAGUUUAAACCUAAAUAAAUGCAUCAAAAAGUGGUGAAAUUGUA